CGCCCUUCGCUCCCCCGGCCGCGGUUUCCCUCACCCGCGCCGCCUGCCGCCGCCCCUCGGCGACCAUGGCGCACCGGCGGCUCCUGCGCGCCCCCAAGGGCCCCGGUCCCGCUGCCCGAGCCCCGAGCCCCGGGGCGCCGCCGCCGCCGCUCUCGCCGCGCUCGCGGCCGCUCCUGCUGCUGCUGCUGCUGCUGGCCGCCUGCAGGGCGGCGGAGCCCGGCCGCCUGGGUCCCCGCGCCCGGCUGACCCGCCUGCCACGCAGCCCGCCCGUGGGGUGCGCGGAGCCCGGUGGCGGCGAGGAGCCCAGCGCCCUGGGUCCCGCUCCGGGUCCCGGAGAGGACGGCGCCCCUGCCACGGGCAAGGCGCGCUGGACGCGGGCGGCACCGGUGGCUUCGCGGGCGCAGGUCUCGCUCAUCAGCACGUCGUUCGUGCUCAAGGGGGACGCGACGCACAACCAGGCGAUGGUGCACUGGACGGGCGAGAACAGCAGCGUGAUCUUGAUCCUGACCAAGUACUACCAUGCAGACAUGGGGAAGGUUCUGGAAAGUUCUCUGUGGCGGUCCUCAGAUUUUGGGACAUCCUAUACCAAGCUCACCCUCCAGCCUGGUGUCACUACUGUCAUCGACAACUUCUACAUUUGCCCGACCAAUAAGAGAAAGAUCAUCCUGCUGAGCUCUUCACUCAGCGACCGUGACCAGAGCCUCUUCCUCAGCACCGAUGAAGGCGCCACCUUCCAGAAGCAGCUCAUCCCCUUCUUUGUGGAGACUCUGAUUUUCCACCCCAAGGAGGAGGACAAGGUCCUGGCCUACACCAAGGACAGCAAGCUAUACAUGUCAUCAGACCUGGGGAAGAAGUGGACACUUCUGCAGGAGCGAGUGACCAAAGACCAUGUGUUCUGGGCUGUGUCUGGAGUGGACACCGACCCUGACUUGGUCCACAUGGAGGCCCAGGACGUUGGAGGAGGCUUUCGGUACAUCACCUGCCAGAUCCACAACUGCUCUGAGAAGGCGCUGAUGGCCCCCUUUGCAGACCCCAUUGACCACGGCUCUCUGACCGUGCAGGACGAUUACAUCUUCUUUAAGGCAACGUCAGCAAAUCGGACCAAAUACUAUGUCUCCUAUCGUCGCAAUGAAUUUGUGCUGAUGAAGCUGCCGAAGUAUGCAUUGCCAAAGGACCUGCAAAUCAUCAGCACAGACGAGAACCAGGUGUUCGUGGCAGUGCAGGAGUGGUACCAGGUGGACACCUACAACCUGUACCAGUCGGACGCGCGUGGCGUGCGCUACGCGCUGGUGCUGCAGAACGUGCGCAGCUCGCGGCAGGCUGAGGAGAGCGUGGUCAUCGAUAUCCUCGAGGUCAGAGGGGUGAAAGGAGUCUUUCUAGCAAACCAAAAAAUUGACGGGAAGGUGACGACACUUAUAACCUACAACAAGGGCCGUGACUGGGAUUACCUGCAACCACCCAGCAUGGACAUGAAUGGAAAACCCACCAACUGUAAGCCUCCAGAUUGCCACCUGCACCUGCACCUGCGCUGGGCAGACAACCCCUAUGUCUCAGGCACUGUGCACACCAAGGACACUGCCCCAGGCCUCAUCAUGGGUGCAGGUAACCUGGGCUCACAGCUGGUGGAGUAUAAAGAAGAAAUGUACAUCACGUCCGACUGCGGGCUCACCUGGCGGCAGGUGUUCGAGGAGGAACACCACAUCCUCUACCUGGACCAUGCCGGCGUGAUCGUGGCCAUUAAAGACACUUCCAUCCCCUUGAAGAUCCUCAAGUUCAGCCUGGAUGAGGGCCUCACAUGGAGCACCCAUAACUUCACCAGCACCUCGGUGUUCGUGGAUGGGCUGCUGGGCGAGCCAGGGGACGAGACUCUGGUUAUGACCGUCUUUGGGCACAUCAGCUUCCGCUCAGACUGGGAGCUUGUCAAGGUGGACUUCCGGCCCGCGUUCUCCAGGCAGUGCAGUGAGGAAGACUACAGCUCCUGGGACCUCACCAACCUCCAGGGCGACCACUGCAUCAUGGGCCAGCAGAGAAGCUUCCGGAAAAGAAAGCCCAUGUCCUGGUGCAUCAAGGGGAAGAGCUUCACAUCAGCGCUCACGUCCCGCGUGUGUGAGUGUCAGGACUCUGACUUCCUCUGUGACUACGGAUUUGAGCGCUCCCCCUCCUCAGAGUCCGAAGGCAACAAGUGCUCUGCUAACUUCUGGUUUAACCCGUUGUCCCCGCCUGAGGACUGUGCCUUGGGCCAGACCUACACCAGCAGCCUGGGGUAUCGGAAGGCAGUGUCCAACGUGUGCAAGGGUGGUGUGGACCUGCAGCAGAACUCAGUUCAGCUCCAGUGCCCCCUCAUGCCACCCCGGGGCCUGCAGAUCAGCAUCCACGGUGAUGCAGUGGCCGUGCGACCUGGAGAGGAUGUCCUGUUCAUUGUGCGGCAGGAGCAGGGUGAUGUCCUAACCACCAAGUACCAGGUGGACCUUGGGGACGGCUUCAAGGCUAUGUAUGUGAACCUCACACUGACUGGAGAGCCUAUCCGGCACCGCUAUGAGAGCCCCGGCAUCUACAGUGUAUCUGUCAGGGCAGAGAAUAUGGCUGGGCAUGAUGAGGCAGUGCUCUUUGUCCAGGUCAACUCCCCCCUGCAGGCCCUCUACCUAGAGGUGGUUCCUGUUAUUGGCAUCAACCAGGAGGUGAACCUCACAGCUGUGCUGCUGCCUCUGAACCCCAACCUCACUGUCUUCUACUGGUGGAUAGGCCACAGUUUGCAGCCCCUCCUGUCCCUAGAUAAUUCUGUGACGACACGGUUUCCAGACAUGGGCGAGGUGCGUGUGACAGUGCAGGCUGCCUGUGGGAACUCAGUGCUGCAGGACUCCAGGGUCAUCCGCGUGCUGGAUCAGUUUCAGGUUGUGCCCCUGCAGUUUUCCAAGGACCUAGACGCUAACAACCCCAACACGCCUGAGUGGAGGGAAGACGUGGGCCUGGUGGUCACCCGGCUGCUCUCCAAGGAAACCAAUGUCCCCGAGGAGCUGCUGGUGACUGUGGUGAAGCCAGGGCUGCCCACCUUGGCUGACUUGUAUGUGCUCCUGCCCCCUCCCAGGCCCACCAGGAAGAGAAGCCUCACAAGUGACAAGAGACUCAUGGCCAUCCGGCAGGUGCUGAAGGCACAAAAGAUCAGCUUCCUCCUACGGGGUGGAGUCCGGGUCCUGGUGGCUCUGAGGGACACAGGCACAGAGUCUCAGCAGCUGGGAGGAGGCGGCGGCUACUGGGCAGUGGUGGUACUCUUCACCAUCGGGCUCUUCGCGGUGGGAGCGUUCAUCCUCUACAAGUUCAAAAGCAGGAAACGCCCAGGCAGGACUGUGUACGCCCAGAUGCGUAAUGAGAAGGAACAGGAAAUGACAAGCCCCGUGGGUCACGGCGAGGACGUCCAGAGCGUCAUCCAGGGCAACCACUCUGGCGUGGUCCUGAGCAUCAACUCCCGCGAGAUGCACAGCUAUCUGGUGAGCUGAUGUGGCCAGGCCCACCCAGCACACUCCUCUCCCGUCGUUUCACUCCUGUGGAGGGACAGAGCCACCAGCGAAGCCGGCGGCUGGACCGACAUCCCCUCAGAGACCUGCCGAAAGCCCCCUCCUCCAGCUGUCCCCAAGCCAGGCGACAGGCACUCCUCCCUCUGAUCAAUCCAAGUCCACCUACAGGACCCCUGGGGCGUGGGCAACCCCUGCCCCUCUAGGGCACCAGGCUCACCUUAGGGACAGCAGGCCCAUCCCAAGUGGCUCUGUCCCGGACCCCACACAGGCUGCUCCGGCUGCCCCACAUGUGUCGCCCGGCCUGAGGCCUGGCCUCACUUCUCCUGCCUGAGGUUGGUUAGUACCGGAGCCUGGGCAGGGAGCCGGCCUUGUGCCCCUGCUGCGAGCACCACCACCCGCUCAGACACUUGGCACUGCAGCAUCUGUCCCUGCAGGGCAUCACAGCCCUUCUGGACUAUGCUUCCCUAGUCCCUCAGCCGUCCCUCUGUGGAAGGGCUUGCACCUCUCCAGAGCCCAAGGCCUUGAGUCAGGCACGCCCCUCACCACCUCCAGGCCCUCUGUUGUGGUGCCUGUUAAAUGUAAAUACCUCUAUGGGUGGCUGAUUGCAGGGGUGGGGGGGUUCAGCUUUCUGUUUCUGAGGCUGGUGGUAGCCACCUGGGUGCUCCAUCAGAGCCCCCAUCUCUGGAGCCCCCUUUCCAGAAGGCCCAGGGUUCCCAGGGGCCCAGUAGCUUGGCCUGGUUUUCCCCUAGGGAUGGGGGGAGAGGCAGUGCAGGGCCCCAACCUGCAGGUCCUCAUGCCGCCAGCAGGGCGUGGCCCCAGGACUUUUCUGAAAUAGCUGCCUCCUGCCGGGCCUGAGCUCUGGAAGGAGCCUGAAGCCCCCAUUAGGGUGGGCGGGCAGCCCCAGGAUGCACUUCCUUACAGACCAGGAGGGGUUAGGAAGGCCCAGCUGGAAGGGCUGUCUGGAGCACGCCUCUCAUUUUGAAGAGGGGGAAACUGAGGCCCAGGGAGGGGGAGGAUGGCAGUAGAGGUGUUCCAGGAACCAGGCCUGUACUCCCCAGCACAGUGCCAGGUCCACUCCUUCAGUUCUCCUAGAAUCAGGGAUGCUAGUGUAUGACUAGUCAAGUGAAAGGGGGGUGUUCACAUUUUGCCUUGAAACAGGAAGUCAGUAUCCCCUCCCCCUCCCCCCUCCCUGUCCCCUCCCUUGCUCCCCUCCCCCUCCUGCAGUGGCUGUGGCCUCUCUGUGGAAGGUGAGAACACUGGAGUCCAGGCUAGUGACUCACGGGUGGAGGGAUCUGAAUGAAGACACAGAUGCUGUCCUACGCACCAUGUCAGAGCUGAGGAGGGCCUAACCCAUUGUCCCUAGAAGAGAAACAUGACCUGUUAUGGGGGUGCCCAGGAUGAGCCCUUGCACCCAUGACACUCUAUCGUGGUUGAGUGAGUGACCCAUGCGGUCCAGGUGGGGAUUCCAGGACUGUAGGAACUGAGGGAGUCGCUCCAGCCACACAGCCAGGUGGUGGAACUGUCCCAGCUGGCCCCAAAUCUCUCUCUCCCCUCUGCCUGCCCACCCGCUGGAUCUCCUGGACCACCCUCCCUAGAGGUCACCUUAUAAGUUAUCCUCAAGGUCCUGGGGACAGAGGAUCUGGGGAUAUGAAGCUGGCAGAGCCAGUGCCAGUGAGGGGCUGUGACUCUCUAGGACCUUUGCCACAUUCCCCACUCACUCAUAGUCUCCAAAGACACCUUUGCAGAGACCUGCACCCUCCUGGCCACCCUAUCCAGCACCUGUUCCCCAGCCAGCUACUGACUACAAGCAUUAGACACACAGGGACAGAAUGCAGCACAGCAGCACAGUCUAGGUCCAAGGUCCAUGGGCAGCACAGAACCCCCAGAGUCAGCCUUCCCACCCUCUUUAGCUCACCAGUGCCUGCGGUAACCAACUGUAGGUCUUUGACCUUCCUUGGCCACUCAAGUUAAUCCUUUCAAAUGUUGGGGUAGGGUUUUUUCCCUUAGUUAUUUGUGGUUUUCUUAUAUUUUAUGUUAUUAUUUCUAUUAAGAACAUUUUGGGCGUGUGGACCCAAGAACCUGGGAAUCUGAUGUCAUCUGAUAUAACCUAAUACGUUCCCACCGUCAUAACUGCAUAGAUUGAUACAUAGGCCUAUGACUUUACCUGGUGAUAAAUUUGAAGUUCCAUGGAUGUGGUGUUCAGGUAUAUGCACAGGCUCCUGGAAAUACAAGGUGACCGGCUGCUGCAGCCUGUCCCAUUUGACCAGGUCAUGCACACACAGGUAUAUGCACAUAACAGAAGUGAUGUGUUCUUUCUUAUUUUUCCUUUUUAAAAAUCAAUAAAUCAUUUGUGAUGCUUUUAACUAAGA